UUUGCUGUUUCUGCCGGUGCGCUUAGUUAUGUCAAAAUUUGUUCGUUCUUCAAAGUUCCGUCAUGUUUAUGGAUCACCAUUUAAGAGACAAGACUGUUACGACAAUAUUCGCGUAACACGGAAUUCAUGGGAUUCUAAUUAUUGCGACGUUAACAAUAAGUUUCUUGCAGUUAUUACUGAAUCAUCUGGUGGCGGUGCCUUCAUAGUUCUCCCCCUUGAAAAACAAGGUAAACUUAAAACCGACACGCCUAUUGUAACGGGUCACACCAGUGCGGUUCUUGACGUUGCUUGGAAUCCUUUCAAUGAUAACGAGUUGGCUUCCUGCGCUGAGGAUGCAACUAUAAGAAUAUGGACUAUUCCUGAUGGAGGUCUUACUGAGAAUCUUAAGGAAGCUGAUGUGGUUCUAAAUGGCCACACUCGCAAGGUGGGCCAGAUAGUAUGGCAUCCUACAGUUAGAGGUCUUUUAUUUAGCGUCUCGAACGAUACAACUGUGCGCGCUUGGAAUUCCUCUACCGGUGAGCAGCUGAAACAAUACGAAGGUUUCGGGGAUGUUGUUUACUGCUUGUCCUUUAACUAUAAAGGAAAUAGAUUUGCUGUAGUUUCUAAAGAUAAAAAGCUACGGGUUUUCGACGUGCACUCAGAGAAGAUGCUAAAGGAAGUUUUGGCGCAUAAAGGCUCAAAGGCCUCCCGUUGUGUAUAUUUGUCGGCAGCUAACGAAGAAGAGCUUGUUGUUACCACCGGAUUUUCCGAGUCUUCCGAACGCCAGUGCACGCUCUGGAGCGAAGAUUUAGAAGUGAAAGAGAGUCUUCGAAUCGACACAUCUUCUGGCCUGCUAUUCCCGUUUUACGACCCUUACUUAAAGAUUUUGUAUCUUGCGGGUAAGGGAGAUGGAAACAUACGUUAUUAUGAAGUUACCAGAAAUGCUCCAUACAUUCAUUAUUUAUCUGAAUUUAAGUCGGAUAAACCUCAGCGGGGCUUCGGAUUUCUUCCUAAGCGUGCUUGCCGCACAGAAGCCUGCGAAAUUGCUCGAUUUUAUAAGCUUCAUUCUACCAACUUUGUGGAGCCUAUCCAGAUGGUUGUCCCCAGGAAGUCGGAACUAUUUCAAGAUGACCUUUACCCUGAGUGUGCAGGCGAUGAGCCUUCUCUAGAGAUAGAGGACUUCUUGGCUGGAAAAGAUGCCGCACCUAAACUUGUUUCUUUAAAAGAAGGCUUUUCUUCUCAAAAAGGAGUCGUUCAAGCAAGUCCUUCUCUAAAUACUAAUAAGAAAAAUGAAUUAAAAGACUUUGCAGAUGAUGUGGAACAGUUAAAGGAGCAACUUAAGUCCGCUCGACUUGAAUUAAAAAAAAAAGACGCAGAGAUCGCCAAACUUAGGGCAGAGUUAGGCGAUAAUAAGGGGAUGUAAUUUUUUAUUAAAAUUAAAGGCAUUACUUCCUUCUGUA